GAAGCAAAGAGGACUAUAAGAGAAGAGAGCGUCCGAAGGAUCUUCACGACAUCUUCACCUGUUCUUUUCUUCUGUUCAUUCCUCAUCGACUGAGGUGGUCCCUUGACUCAAGAUGGCCCAGACUGAGAUGGAGAAACACUGUGAAGGUAUCAUCAACGGUUUCCACAAAUUCUCCAUUCGGGUGGAUCAUCACGAUAUGCUCAGCAUAGGAGAGCUGAAGCAACUGCUUGAGCAGCAGCUGCCCACCUACCUGAAGAAAAAUAAGGAUGCCGCUAAAGUCCUAAUGGAAGAGCUCGACAAGGACAAGAACAAGCAGCUUGAUUUUGCAGAAUUCAUGGGUGUUAUUACCAGAGUGCUGAUUUUCAGUCAUGAUAACAUCCACAAGAAAGAAAAGGAGCCAGGCACCGGUGGCCAUGGCCAUGGCCAUAGCCAUGGCCCCGGCCAAGGCCACGGCCACGGCCACUAAAGGUCAUCAGUGAGUUUGAUAUUUCACUUCCUUGGCCACUGUUGCCACUGAGAGAUUGACCCAAUAAAGAAUGAA